AUGUCCCACCCGCUCCCCCGCCGAAUCGAUGUACACUCGCAUUUCCUCCCGCCAUUCUACCGUACUGCGCUAGCUGAAAAUGGGCACACAUUCCCUGACGGCAUGCCAGCCAUCCCCGAGUGGUCUCCUGAAUACCAUCUGGAAAUGAUGAGCAUCGCCAAUGUCUCCAAGUCCAUCCUGUCUGUUUCUUCGCCAGGAACGCACAUAGUCGCUGGGAACGACGCACUAUGCAGAGAUCUAACACGUCAAUGCAAUGCCUACGCCGCACAGCUCAAAGCGCAGCAUCCAGACAAAUUUGGCGUGUGGGCCGCGCUGCCACUUCCAGACGUUGAAGCAAGUCUGCUGGAGAUCGAGACGUGUCUUGGCGAGGAAGCUGAGGGCUUCGGCCUCAUGACCAACUAUCACGGCAAUUAUGUUGGUGCCGAAUCGAUGGAUCGCGUGUUUGAUAAACUCAACCAGAUAGCCGCAACCGUCUUCAUCCAUCCCACCAAGCCGUGCAUAAAGCAAUGCCACGAUACGUCGAGCGCGCAAACUACGGCUGCUCUUCCCCUUGGCGACCAGUACCCUGUCCCUAUUUUUGAGUUCUUCUUCGACACUGCGCGCGCCGUCAUCAAUCUCUUCAGCACGGGGACCGUGGAUCGCUGCCCAAACAUCAAGUUCAUCAUUCCGCAUUCCGGGGGUGCGUUGCCACCGCUCAUGACACGCUUCAUUCAGUUCUCAAGCGUGGUACCUGGAGGGCGGAAACUGGAUGCGCCGACGGUGCGGCGCCAACUCGAAACACAGUUCUACUUUGACCUGGCUGGGUUCGCCUUCGACGGGCUCAGCGGCGGAAACGGGCAGCUGAAGGCCUUCGCCCAAGGCUUUGAUUUCUCUUACGAGCGGUUUUUGUAUGGCAGUGAUUUUCCUUUUACGCAAACGCAGUUUGUAAAGUCGUUUGCGGAUCGCAUGAAGGAUGGUCUGGAGCAUCUUUACAACGAGGAAGAGAGAAAGGCGAUGUAUGAAGGUAAUGCAGUCAAGCUGCUAGAGCAAGGAAAGAAGAAGAAUGUGGGAUGA